CAGCUCUCAUUAAUCAUCAUUCAUCAUCUUCACCACUCUCUCUCUCUCUCAUCUUUCUCUCUCUAAACUUUUAUUUUUUUAUUUUUUUUAAUCUCAAAUCGGAUGGGUUCAUCUUCAGACGAGGAGGGGGAGGAGUACUUGUUCAAGGUGGUGAUAAUCGGCGAUUCCGCCGUCGGCAAAUCGAACCUGCUCUCCCGCUACGCCAGAAAUGAGUUCAGCAUGCACUCAAAGGCCACCAUCGGGGUUGAAUUCCAGACGCAAACCCUCGAAAUCGACGGCAAGGAAGUCAAGGCUCAGAUUUGGGACACCGCCGGACAGGAGAGGUUCCGCGCCGUCACUUCCGCCUACUACCGCGGCGCGUUCGGCGCACUCGUCGUCUACGACAUCACCCGGAGGUCAACUUUCGACAGUGUUCCCCGCUGGCUCGAUGAGCUCAAGACACAUUCCGACACGACUGUUGCAAAAAUGCUGGUAGGAAACAAAUGCGACUUGGGAAAUAUCAGAGACGUGAGCGUGGAAGAAGGCAAGAGCCUCGCGGAAUCCGAAGGCUUGUUUUUCAUGGAGACGUCUGCUUUGGACUCGACGAAUGUUAGAAAGGCUUUUGAAAUAGUCAUACGCGAGAUUUAUAAUAACGUGAGCAGGAAGGUUUUGAAUUCGGAUUCUUACAAAGCGGAGUUGUCUGUAAAUCGAGUGUCCAUUGUCAAUAACGGCAGCGGCGAUGGAUCGAAGAAGAGUGGGGGGUCUUAUUCUUGCUGUUCCAGGUGAAAAAAAAAAACCGAACUCAAGGCAAGGAAGGCUGCCUUUGUUUUUGGUUGAAUUUUUAUAUUUUUCUAAUACUAUUCUUCUAUUUGUUUCUUCUUUAUUGAUUAGAAUUGGAUAUUCUAUAUAAUGAUCUAAAUAUGGGAUUUUUUUAUAUAUAUUCUUUUUUGUGUUUUUAUAUUUUAAAGAGUAAUUUGAUUUGAUGGUCAAGGGAUUUCUGAAGUAUAGAUAUUUGAUUUGA